AAAGCAGCCGACUACUCGAGGCUAGGGUUUUAUAAUACUCGUUCGCAUCUGCGUGGGGAAAAACCUGCGUUUUCUCCAAAACUGUUUCAACCAUGCCGCAAGGAGAUUACAUAGACCUUCAUAGGAAGCGCCAUGGCUAUCGCCCUGACCAUUUCGAGCGCAAGCGCAAGAAAGAGGCUCGUGAAGUUCACAAGCGCUCUGAAAUUGCUCAGAAGGCUCUGGGUAUUAAGGGUAAGAUGUUUGCAAAGAAACGUUAUGCAGAAAAGGCGCAGAUGAAGAAAACAUUGGCUAUGCAUGAAGAAUCAUCAUCUAGGCGCAAGGUGGAUGACGAUGUUCAUGAUGGGGCUGUUCCUGCCUAUCUACUAGAUCGUGAAACAACAACACGUGCAAAGGUUCUUAGCAAUACUAUAAAGCAAAAAAGGAAAGAGAAAGCUGGGAAAUGGGAAGUCCCUCUACCCAAAGUCAGGCCUGUUGCCGAAGAUGAAAUGUUUAAAGUUCUUAGGACUGGUAAAAGGAAAACCAAGCAGUGGAAGAGGAUGGUAACCAAGGCCACGUUUGUGGGACCAGCUUUUACAAGAAAACCCCCCAAGUAUGAGCGAUUCAUCCGUCCUUCGGGAUUGCGAUUCACUAAAGCCCAUGUGACACACCCUGAACUCAAAUGCACUUUCAACCUUGAGAUAAUUGGAGUAAAGAAAAAUCCUAAUGGCCAAAUGUAUACCUCCCUUGGUGUUAUGACCAAGGGUACUAUCAUUGAGGUAAAUGUGAGUGAACUAGGUUUGGUCACACCAGCUGGGAAAGUUGUAUGGGGGAAAUACGCACAAGUGACAAAUAACCCAGAGAAUGAUGGAUGUAUAAAUGCUGUUUUGCUUGUGUAAGAGGAUUAUCAACAGCAACAAGAAUAUGGUGGCUCAUGGAUGGUGCGGGAGGACAACUAAUUUCUUGAGUUUCUGUUAAGACAAUAUGUCAGUUGCGCUUGCAACCCCAGUGUGUUCUAGUCGAGGACACCCUUGUUCUUUCUUUGUUUCCCUUUUUUAUUUUUGUUUGGCUCUUCCCCAUGUAGUAGUUUAUAUCCGCUGAAAACAUUGAGUUGUAACAUGGGUAUACCCUUGUGUGGAUCAAUUUUGUGGGAUAACUGAAAUGGAGUUUUACUCUAGGCAAUACUCCAGAGGAGUUCUUG